AUGGUGCUGCAUCUAUUCAUACACACCGUCGGCUUCGCCAACGUCAACGGCAUUGGCAGUGCAGCUUUCCUCUGCGAAGGAACUCAAAGCCAGGGCAAAGGAGAAAGAGAGGAUGGAGUUGGCGGAGGAGCAAGAGGAGAUGCGGUGACAUCUACGGGUGCGACCAAGCGAGAUGAGGUAGCAGAGUCCCCUCAGGAGGCAGAGGAGGAGCAGGAGAUGGAGGAGGAAGAGGAGGAGGAGGAGGAGGAGGAGGAGGAAGAGGACGUGGAGGCAGAGGGAGGUGGUUACCAUGGCUACCAGAAACCGCAGUCGCCGCCACCGACGAUGCGAGAGGUGUCACUGACUCCUGGCAAAGCUACCGCGCACCAACACGUUCAACAUUCAGUCCGAGUCGUUAAAGACGUUGAGGAGAGCAACGCGAUUGGGAACAGCUUUGUACAAAUAUUCUAUAGCAACAUCGAGGAGUAG